CAGAAACUUUGGACUGCCAUCUGAACCCAGAGAUGCCAAUCAUGUCAGUUAAUGCGGUAGGUGAAUGAUGUGGUUAAGUAAUUAGGGCGUGCGUUAUGCAGUGGUUGACCUAAUUCUCAAGACAUAUACUGGCGACAAAUGACAUGGUCAGUGUGAGUGGUGCUCGGGAACAGAAAGCUAGACAAGCAGGGACUGCAAUAUAUGGCAGUGUCCACAACCAAAACAUGACAUCAAGAGUGGAAGAUGAUCAUGACACUUAUGUGUACGGACCAGAGAGAAUCUCAACACAUCCCUACUCCCACUGCUCCACCAUUUCAUCUGUUCGCAGAACCUUUUGUCUUAUUGCACUGUUUGAUCUGUGUUUCUGCUUCAUACUGUGGGUCAUCUAUACUCAGCUUACAGGAUCAGAAACUGUUUGGGAGGCAUUUGAACAGCAGGUCGCUAAUUAUAAUUUUAAAACAUCACUGUUUGACACAGUAAUGGUAGCAGCACUUCGGUUUGUUUUGAUUGAGCUUGGUUACGCAUUGUUCAGACUGAAUCAUUGGUGGCUCAUUGCUAUAUCCACAUCAUUAACUUGUAUAUUUCUGAUAGCCAAAGUAUUUUUAUUCGAGUUCAGCCAUGCUGGUAAACCAGAGAAUCCUCUGAGCUAUAUUCUUUUGUUAGCAUCAUUUAUCCUUACAUGGAUUGAGACUUGGUUUCUGGAUUUUAAAGUCCUGCCAACAGAGAAAAAGAUACUACUUAAAGGAACACAUGGACAACCAAAUGAGAGGUCAAGUUUACUGCGGCAUGCAGAGGAAGGGAAUAGCAUCCCAGAUGAUGACAAAGACACGCGAUACUACUCACCUGCAGGGUCAGAUGAUGAGAGUGACAUGGACAGGUACCGCAGUGUCCCCUCCACCCGCUCACACAGCCGAAAGGCAAGUCAAUCCUCCAUUAACAGUAUGCUGUUCAAUCAGGACCUUGAGUACUUGAAGAUAGCUAAAGGUGCUAUGGAUAUGCUGUGGGAGCUGGUGAGAGAAGAAGGAUGGACUAUAGAGAAAGAGAGAGAAGAAGAUGUUGUCAGGAGUGCAUACAUCAAAAAGCUCAAGAGGAAGAUCUACAAACUAGAGUGUAUUUUGGACAUUAGUCCCAAGGAACUCUGGCUAGACACUAUUGAGAAUAUUAAUGAGUCACCAAGUUGGAAUCCAACAUUGCUGGAAGCAAGGACACUACAGGUAGUAGAUGACAGGACAGACAUUAGUUACAAUAUAGCAGCAGAGGCCGCUGGAGGUCUUGUGUCUGCCCGGGACUUCAUAAACUUACGACAUUGGGGGGAGAAGGAUCAGACUCUCUUCAUUGCAGUGGAUGGGGCUACUUUUCCUGACAUGCCUCCACAGAAAAAAUAUGUCAGGGGUGUAAGUGGCCCUGGAGGAAUGGUGUUUCAUCGUAUCGAAGGACAGCCCAAUAAAUGUAGAUUAGAUUGGUAUCUUAACACAAAUCUAAAGGGUUGGAUACCCCAGGCUGCUAUUGACCAAGGCUUAACAAGUGUUCUAAUGGAUUAUAGUAAAUACCUCAGACUUCACAUUCUGGAGAUCAAAACUAGAAACAUUAGCUAAUAACAAAUUACAUAGAUCUACCAAAUCCUGUGAUGUAAGAUGGUUAUGUGAAAGAGAUUUAUUGAAAUGACUUAAUAUUAUAUUUAGCAAGAUAAAUAAUCAAGGAAGUGACUUAUUCUUGCAUCAACAUUUUUGGAAAAGGCAGUAUUUAUGAUAUUGUCAUAUUGUCAAAAAAGGCAGUAUUUGUCAUAUUUAAUAUCAUCUACUUAAAUCAUUUUAUUUAUUUUUCAUUCAUUCUUUGAAUGAUGUUUUCCCCCAUGAAAUGACUUGUACAUUUAUGAUUUUUUUUUUCAAAAAAGCUUUUUGUUUUUGCUGUGCAAUUUCUUAGGUUUCGAGGAGGAAAUUUUGCUGAAAUAAUUAUUUUCAGUGUUUUAUUUAUGUAAACAGAUAUUUUAUGAAUUUUAUGAUAUAAGUCAAAUAGUAUAGUGAUUAAUAUUUGACAUCAUUUUCAAACUGGUUUUAAAGCUUCAGUAUUCAAAAGGGUGUUGUUUCAUAGUUGCUAUAUUGUGAUUACACUUUGUAGAAACUUCCCCCAUGUAAUUAUCUUGAGAUUUGUGAAAUUAUAAUUGUAUCCCCCCCCCCCCCCCCCCCCCCCCCCGAUAAAAAUGCAUAAAUAUUGUCUGAUUUAAAAAUAUGACAAAAAUCUUCUAGCCAUGAAAUCAAAUUUUUUUUUUGAAAAAGACAAGACUCUAUUUAUAAACAGUACUAACAGUUUCUUUUUCUUUACACAAUGUGAAUAUUGCACAGUCAUAUUAGGAGGGCAUUGAACAUUUUAACGGAUUGACAGGACAUUUCAGCAGGAAAAAUGAAAGUUUUAGGGGAAAAUUGGUGGACAUUUUAGCAUUAUUUGAAAUAAGAUGUGGGUAUUUUUAUCGGGAGAGUUAUACAAGAAAUGCAUAUAUCCUUUUAGUUAGCUAUAUUCUGUUUGAUUCCCCUUUCUUGCAAACGGUGAGGUGGAAGUCAGAUUUUGAGGAUAUAAUUGAUUUUAAUAUAGUCAAAUAAAUAUCAAAUGACCAUAUCGGAUACAAGAUUUGGAGUGAUUCACAGAGCAUCUCAAGGAACAUCUUCAUAUUUUAAUAAUGCAUCAUCUCUGUAAUACAACCCUUCAAAAUUGAUAUACUCUCUUCCCCUGAUUUGUUUCUACCUCAGCCACUUCCAUACUCUUCAGUGUUUUAAUAACAGAUGAAUAUGUACAAGGAUUUACAUGUAUGGAUAUGCUAGGGAGUUUUAUUCAAGUGGAGAUUUCUUAUCUUUACCAUCAUAACCUCCAAAAGAGUUGUGGAAACAAAAUUCAUUAAUCUGCUGACUUUAGAUCAAUUUUUGCGGACUUUUCAUUCAUUAUUGAAAAAGAUUUAAAGUUUUCUCCAAAAGAAAAGUGUCCAUUGAAUUUUACAGGUAACUAAUUUUUCUUCUGCUAAAAUGUUAACUAAAGUUCCUACUCAAUGUCCAUUCACACCUUUAGAAAUUCUGCUUAGCCAGUUUUCUUUCUCCCAAAAAGUACCCACUGAAUUUUACAGGUAACCUUUCCCCUCGCUAUAAUGUUAACUAAAGUUCCUGCUUAAAUGUCCAUUGACACCUUUAGAAAUUCUGCUAAAACGUUCUGUGCCCCAUUGAAGGUAACCAAUUUCCAUUUUGUGUUGAUUUCCUUAUCAGCAAUUUCAAUUACAUAGUGAUUCUCUGUUUCUUAUCCAUAUGCACAUUGACUUUAAAUUUUAUAUCCAUGUUUAAUGUAAAUUUAUGAGCUAUUUUAUGUUGUAUUGUUUUUUAAAGUGAAUUAUGACAAGUGGUUGUUUGUGAUAAAGUACAUGUAACAUGUAUUGGUAUAGAGGGUGUGUAUUAGAUAUCCCUCUGCGAUUUUCUUCGUACUAAAUACAUAUAAGAAGUGCAUAUAGAUUCAUUUCCAGAGAAAAAUUUUUAGUCCCCAGAAGGAUUUACAUUAUUUAACUUGUGGAAUUUCAUUUUCUUGAAUUUUCACUAUUAAAUUGUAAAAGUAUA